UAUUGAAGAAACGUCCUCGAAAAUGGAGAUGGUGGUUCUUCUAUCCUUGGCCUCAUCAUCAGCUGUUUAAGGGUCUUCCUUCUUCCAUCCACGGGUGGAAGAAUAAAUUUUUCUAUAUUGCUGCCGACCACCCAUGGGACUUUAAUUAGAUCUGGAUGAUUCUCAAUCCGUCUCUGAAUAGAAAUGAUGCAGUCUUGAAGGAAGAUCGGGAGAUGUAUGACAAGCUGUUCGAAGUUUAAGUGCCUCCACAUCAAGAGCUGCUCAAGGAGCAGUCGCUUUAUAAUACCGAGAUAAGCCCGACCAGCUAUCUUGGCAUGAGGCUUACGUCAGAAUCCCUCCGGCAAGCUAUCCGGAAGAAAAAGAAUGUGUUAUCUGGGCCUGGUGGUCCCUCUCAACCGUCGAAGAAGCUGAGAGAAGAGUCUCCUCCUCGGGUGUCGAGGAGUACGCCGUCGUCGUUUUCGCCCCAACCACCACCGGUGCAUUCUUCUCCGCUGCCUGCUGUCGAAGUUGUCAUGGUUGCAGCUCCUCCUCCACCUGCCGACGAUGACGUGAUUGUCGUCGAGCCACCAGCAAGGCCGAUUGAAGCAGUCCAAGCCCUCUCGAUUCAAAUCGGGUCAGGAGGAGGCCAGGCACCUAGUCGGAAAGGUGCCAACAAGGGCAAGUCGCUGAUGCCCCCCACCUUCACUACAGACUACAAUCUGGAUAUGUCUUCCAAGGAGGCUACUGUCGCGAUCAAGAUGCGCUUCAAGGUGACCGAUCAGACCCUUUGAGACCAUCGACUCACCGAGGAGUUGGUGAGCAUGGUUAUGCUUCCCGUAGACUAGGAAGUCAGGAAGGCGUGCCCAAUCUCGGAUAUUCAGUCGGGCGCCUACACAUCAUUGAUCGGGAUAAGUUCUUCAACUUUUUCUUAGAUUCUCGAGUAGCUUUUGGCCAAGUAAACAACUUAACCACUUUUUCUAUUUUGCAGAUGAUCCACGAUAUAACUAUUUUGUUAGAGGGGUUGACUGGGUUCGUCCAACUCAAUGCCAAGCUAGAGGACUAGGCCCAGACUGCUCAUGCACGGGCCGAGGUCGCUGAGGAGUUUCUCCGCACUGCUGAGGAGCGAGAGAGGAAGGGCUGAGAGAAGAUUACUUUGCUGGAGGAUGAAUUGGCAUCCUUGGAGACACAACCGAGGAAAGAGUAAGAGGAGUUCAAAAAGUUGAAGACUGACUACCAAAAAGAAAUAGAGUCAGCUGAGAGCACCCUCGUCGAGGAGAGGAAGAAGAGGUAGAAGGUUGAGAAGGCCGUCGAGGAGAUCGAGAACACCAACAAGGAGGCCGAAAAGACUGCCACCGAGCUGAAGGAGAAACUGACGGUGGUAAAAACUCGGGCCCAAGAGGUAGCUUCUCAGGUUCUGAUCGAGUUUCGAAAUUCAAAGUACGAGGAGGAACUGACCGAAGCCGGUGUGGACGCAUUUUAGCUAGGUUUCGAGGACUGCAAGAAGGAGAUCCACCAACUACAGCUCAAGCUAGACCUGAGUGGGAUAUGUGCCGAUAGGGACCUAGGCGAGAAGUCUGAGAGCGACGAGAAGGGAGAUGCCAAAGAGGAUCAUCCCCGGCCUUCUUAGAUUCCUUGUGUACUCCUUUGCUUUUUGGUCUUCUACCUUGUAACCUUCUGUCUUG